GGGAAAGUAUAGACGGCAGACUCUGCUUAGCCCUCUGGCUUAUGGCCCUUGAUGACUAGAGAUGACUCUUACAACAUUGGGAAAGCGUUCAAAGCGGCUUCAGAAUGGCUUUCGGGCACUCCAGCAGCUGCCCAUCUGCCAAAUGAGCGAAAGUUAGAGUUGUACGGCUUGUUCAAGUAUAUUCAAUCUGGAAUUGGACCAGCUGGAUCUCGCCCAUCUCUAUUUUCACCUGCCCCUCGAGCGAAGUAUGAUGCCUGGGUCGUUCAGCAUGCCAGAUACUCUGUAGAAGGCUUGGAGGGAGUUGCCAAAGCCCAAGAAAGGUAUAUGAGCAUAGCGCGAGAAGUCGGAUGGGAUGGGCAUGUGCCUGUGGACGAGGACAAUGAUGAGGAUCUAGAGCAUCUGGAUUCGGAAGAUGAAGAAGAUCAUGCUGGGAAACGAUCCUCUACCUCAACGGGCGAAGUCAGAGGCAAGAGUUCCAACACUGGCAUGGGAACAGGGGUCAGUAUGAUGUCGCGCGAGGAGAUGGAGGUUGAUGGAGCUCGUGAUCUGUAUCCACUUCACGAGGCUGUAUUGACCAACGACCUCGAUACGAUCAAAGCAUUGUUAGAUCAAUCUCCGGAACUCAUCGAUGUGAAAGACGACACAGGCAACACGGCACUCCAUUUAGCCGUGGAUCGCGGAUAUAUCGCCAUUGUCGAGUUCCUCUUAAUGCGUCAUGCUGAUCUGAGCGUCCAAGAUGAAGACGGACAAACGCCAUUGGAUAUCGCCACCAUGUUGGACCGGACGGAGAUAAUAAUGUUGUUACAGGUGAAAGCAUAACCAUAAUCAAUGGUCACGUGUAUAUCAUUAUAUGCAUGGCGUUGCUCGG